AUGUCCAACCCCUCGUCCUCCUACGCCACCCUUCCGCCCACCACUCCUCCCGAAGAAGUCGACUCCCUACCCUCCUCCUCCGCCGGCUCAUCGACCUCCGCCUCCCCUAGCGAAGAUGAGGAAAUGUCGGACGCUGAGCGGGAAUGGCGGGAGAGUCUACAACAACUUGAAUUACUAUUGACAAUGGUGUUGGUGCCGUAUUUGGGAAAGUACUUUGGACGGAAGUGCGCUUAUUGGGGGUGGGCGAAAUUCAUGGAGUGGAAGUACCCCGUCAGCAUCGAGGUGACAAGUCCAGGAGCAUUCAAGGGCGCGGGUGCCGUUGAGGCUGCGGCAUCACUGUGA